UUUUAAAAGUGUACUAAGAAGCAACAGAACAAAAUUGAAGUGGAUAUGCGAUAAAGGGAACCCUACUUCAAAUAAACGUCCUUUUGGUGAAAAGCGCUCACAGUGAUAAAGAAGACUGGAUAACGUUUUCCUAAAAAAAGAUAAACAAGCGAAAACCAAUGGUAAAAUGAAUGGUAUGGCUAAGGACUUUGCCAAAAGGCGAGUAUCUUUCAAACUGCCUCAGAUAAUUCUACAAAAAGCUCCAGAAAUAACACUCAGUGAACAAACGAUCGUAGAAGCUUCUAGACCUCUUUAUCAAACAAAACUUCGAUCGCUUAAUCUAUCCCCAGGCCCUAUCUCUGCGAAUUCGAUGGGCAAAAGUCCUGAAGAAACUGAAUCACGUGUAAGUCUUCUAACUCCACCCGAGCAAAGACACUCGAAACUCACCUCAUUGCCACCAAUACGUUCUUCCUGUGUUACUGAAAUGCGACCGGGGACUGGCGAAAGCGGAAGUGACGAUGGGUAUGACACGGAGCUCGAAGAUGUUAAUGAAGACGUAUUGGAUAAUAAACCUGAACGCUGCUUGAAGUCCUGUGAGGAACUCUACUUGGGAUUGUGUGAAAAGGAAAACAUCGCGCCAUCCUGGAGGUUUCUUCGCGAGUGCGAGACAGAGUGUGUUAGCCUGCCGCAUUAUGGCCUUGGUGACAAAGGGGUGCGUGUAGUUGCUAAGGUCCUUGAGCAAAAUUUAUUUGUGAAUAUCUUGAAUUUGUUUGAUAACGGUAUAGGGCCACACGGGGCGCAGGAUUUGAGUCGGAUGCUCAGUGUGAAUUGUUUCAUUACUCACAUGAACCUGUCCGGCAACAUGAUAAGAAAGGAAGGAAUAAUCGCAAUUGGAAUCAUGCUUCAGGAGAGCGCCUCACUGGUCUUUCUUAACCUUGCAAAGUGUGGCAUUAAUGGCAAAGACAUGAUGGAGUUCUGUAAGGGGAUAGCUACAAAUCCUCAUUUAAAAAGCCUUAUCUUCCACUCAAAUAAUCUCUCCGACCAGGGCAGCAGACUUCUUAGUGAGGCGCUCGCUUCAAACACGGCUUUAGAAACGUUGGAUCUCAGCUGGAAUGAUAUACGCCCUGGAGCCAUGGCUACGCUUGCGAAAGGUCUGCGGUUGAAUCAUACGAUACAAGAGCUCGAUUUAUCUUGGAAUACCUUCCAAAGUCGAGGUGUUAUUGCAGUUCAGUGGUUUCUUACUCACAGUACGAGUUUACAAACCCUUGACAUCAGCAACUGUGGCAUUCACCUGGACGGCGCGGAGGUAAUUGCCAAAGUGUUACGUGCGAACCGUAAUCUGCAAGUGCUCAAACUUGGAAGAAACCCAUUCCAGAAUGCCGGAGUACCGUGCAUCUUAGAAGCCGUAAGGCUGAACGCCAGGAGUUCUCUUAGAGAGUUAACCUUUGAUGGCAUCGGCUUUAUGAAAGAUAGCGAAAGAGAAUUGGAAGCUCUUCUUGAAGACAGGCCCUCCUUUAGUUGUUCUUGGUCUUCUAGUAUCCGGGGGAGUGAUGUAUCUAAAGGUUUCGCCAGACCUGACGAGGUUGUUAUAUUUAUGAGAUUCGUACGGAACAUGGGCUUUCGUCUGGUGGACUUGUUCAAGAUUCUGUCCCCUGAAAAGCAAUCCCUUUCCGUGUCAAAGGAAGCAUUCGUGUUUGGGCUGAAGCGAUUGAACGCGCCCUUAAGGGAUGAUCAGCUGAGAGUGAUCUUUGAUUCGUUGGACGAAGACGGCAACGGAACAUUAGAUUUUCACGAGUUCAGCGCCAUGAGAAACCACUCACUCGCCAAGUACGUGAAAAAGAAUAUGAAGAAACGAAGAUCGGAGUUGCAGAAAGAGCAUAUACGCAAAAUUAUGCUAUGAUGACUGAAACGUAUGCGUCUGAAUUUAGCCAUAGGGAUCUAGGAUUCAGACAUGGUCAGUCGGAUAAGCUAAUGUGAUGACCGCAAUAUAAGCUGUGAUUACCACAUAUGCAAGCCAAUGUAAUUUUUAAGCUAAUUUGAUUAACACAAUCUAAGCUGUGAUUACUACAUAUGAAAGCCAAUGUGACGUAUAAGCUAAUGUGAUGACCGCAUAGGUAAGCUGUGAUGCGCAAGCUGUGUAAUGAACACAUAUGUAAACUGAUGUUAUGAAAACAUAUGUAAGCUAAGGUGAUGACCACAAUAUAAGCUGUGAUUACCACAUAUGCAAGCCAAUGUAAUUUUUAAGCUAAUGUGAUGAACACAAUAAAAGAUGUGAUUACCACAUA